AUGUUUGCCAGGCGUCCUUCCCAGUCUCACAGCCGCUCGGAGAGCUUCUCUACCAAAUAUCGUGCCGGCAAAUCGGCCUCUCGGUCGAGGAAGUCGUUCAGAGGAGGAGAGCCACCUGCGAUCUUGAAGCGACCAGAAAAAGGACAGAAACCGGAGAGCCCGAUUAAUAGCAAUCUAACAUCCGCCAUAGUCACUAUCUGCGUUGGACCCGAACAGCGUCUCUUCGCUGCCCAUGAAGAAAUCCUAUCCGUCUCACCUUUCUUUUCGUCCUGUUGCCGCGGCCAGUUCCUUGAAGGUGGAAAUAAACGUAUAAACCUGCCCAAGGAACAACCGGAGGUCCUCUCUUCGAUCCUCGAAUACCUUUAUAAAGGAGAUUACUUUCCUCGUUUAAUACAUAAUAAGCGGAGAAAUACCUGGGAGUUGGAAAACGGAGUAAACGAGAACGGUGCUCCGGUAACUGCUGAGACGACAAUCAUCAAUCAGGCUGAUGGAGCCACGAUAUUGAAGGAUACUGCUAUCUACUGUGCAGCCGACCGAUAUGGGCUCUCUGAACUGAAACGCCUUGCCCUCCGAAAGCAAGGUCUCCAGUCUGCCAUUCAAUGUAGCACUAUCUUAUCAAGCGCUCGCUACGCCUAUGCACACACGCCCGAUACUGACUCCAAACUACGUGCUCAUUACCUUGCAUUAAUAAUCCGAAGUCGAUCAACAUUUAAGCGCAGUGGCACAAUGCAAAUGGAAAUGGAGGCCGGUGGGAAAUUAUUCUUCGACCUUUUUGUCGCCAUGUGCAACCACAUGACCACAUUUCUCCGCUCUGGCCUUCUUCAUAUUCCACGCCACUCAUCCCGGAACGCACAGCCGCGCGGCCUUACCUCACCCUAA